UUCUGGUCUCUAAUAUCAUAGGACAUCUAAACGACUUUUCAAGAGACUUAUCACUUUAUUCCAAAAUAAAUUUAUGAAACAUUUUGUAUCACUCAUUUGAAUUCAUCCUAAUCUACUUUGACCUACACAUAAGACAUUUGAUGCAAAGGAAAAAUUAGAUAAACUACCCUUGAAAAUAUACCUCUUAUGCCUCUAAUGGCUAUUGUUCCUGAAUCCUGAAUACCUCCACUAGUUAGUAACAAUGAUUCUUAUACUUACUCUUGUAUUAGCUGUACAUACCUUUGCGCAAGAUGAAACACAGUUCAUCUACAAUGGUUUCCAAGGAUCCAUCAAUAAACUUCAAGUUGAUGGAAUCGCGACUAUCCUCCCAAACGGUCUUCUCCAAAUGUCAAACCAUACACCCGUUAAUCUUUCCCAUGCUUUCUACCCACAUCCCAUGAUCUUCAAACCAAAUCAUUUAUCAUUCUCUACCACUUUUGUUUUUGCAAUGUUUCCUCAAGUACAAAAUAUUUCAGGCCAUGGAAUCUUUUUUGUUAUUAGUCCUACCACAAAUUUCCAACAUACUCUUCCAUCUGCGUACCUAGGACUCUUCAACACUUCCACCAAUGGCCGUUCUUCUAAUCAUAUAGUUGCUGUAGAAUUAGACACUCUCAAAAAUCCUGAUGUCGAAGACAUUGAUGGCAACCAUGUUGGGAUUGAUGUCAACAGCCUCAUAUCUGUUGAUGCUGCUUCAGCAGCAUACUACUCUGACAAAGAAAGGUCGAACAAAACCCUGCUGCUAAAUAGUGGGAAACCAAUGCAAAUUUGGAUAGACUAUGAUGAGGCUGAGAUGUUAUUGAAUGUAACAUUAGCUCCAUUUAGAGAUCCAAAGCCUAGCAAGUGCUUACUGUCUAAGCACCUUAAUCUUUCUGCCAUACUACUUCAUUCCAUGCAUGUUGGUUUCACUUCUGCUACUGGCCUUCUAUCAAAUCGUCAUUGCAUACUAGGAUGGAGCUGGAAUCAAAGUGGGAAAGCGGAAGAUUUAGACCCUUCCAAGCUUCCAUCACUUUCACAAGUCAAACAUCAAAAGCAAAUCCUAAACAAACUUAUUUUUUUAGUUCUACUUAUUGUAGUUUUACUAUUGUUAUUAUUGAUUGUUGCAGCUGUUUGGCUUUUUUGGAGGAAGAAGUACGAAGAAUUGGUUGAACCUUGGGAAAAGGAAUAUACUACUCAUAGAUACUCAUUCAAGGAUCUCCAUGUAGCAACAAAAGGUUUUAAAAGAUCAGAGCUUCUUGGAAUUGGCGAUUUUGGGAAGGUCUACAAGGGUAAACUACCUUCUAUAAGUCACCAGGUUGCUGUGAAACGAGUAUCCCAUGACUCGAAACAAGGGAUGAAAGAAUUUGUUGCAGAGAUUUCUUGUAUGAGAAGGCUAAGUCAUAGAAACCUGGUUCCGCUCCUAGGUUACUGCAGAAGAAAAGGGGAGCUUCUUUUGGUCUAUGAGUAUAUGCCUAACGGUAGCCUUGACAAGUUCCUCUUUGGAAAAGACGAACUAAAUUUGUGUUGGUCCUUAAGAUUUAAGAUCAUUAAAGGUGUGGCAUCAGCCCUUUUAUACCUUCAUGAGGAGUGGGAACAAGUUGUCCUUCACCGAGAUGUGAAGGCAAGUAAUGUCCUGUUAGAUGCUGAGAUGAAUGCAAAGUUGGGAGAUUUUGGUCUGGCCAGACUCUAUGAUCAUACAAUUGAUCCUCAAACCACUCAUGUGGUAGGUACCAUUGGAUACAUUGCACCCGAAGUCAGUAGAACGCAGAAACCUACCACCAGUUCUGAUGUUUAUGCUUUUGGAAUGUUUUUACUCGAGGUGGGUUGUGGGAGGAGGCCAAUGGGCAAGCAGUCUGAUGAUGUUGCAGAGGAUUUCCUCAGUGACUGGGUUUAUGAUUGUUGGAGAAGGGGGGAAAUUCUUAUGGCAAGUGAUUCUGCAGUAGAAGGUGAUUAUCAGGAAAACGAAAUGGAGCUAGUAUUGAAGUUAGGCCUUCUCUGUUUGCAUCCUAAGUCAGAAGAAAGGCCUACUAUGAGGCAAGCAGUACAGUUUCUUAAUGGAAGUGUAACUUUGCCUGAAAUACCGUCUGACUACGAAACUGAUAGUGGCAUUUUCUUUGGUGAGGUAUGGGGGAAAUCAGUUUCAUUUCCAUCAUUUCCAUCGUUAUCUGGAACUAUCUCUCAUGGAAACAUGUCUAGUACAAAUUCAGUCCUUCAAUAUGGCCGUUGAAUCAUUUAUAUUCAGAGUGUUAGCUGUUAGUGUACUAGGUCGGAUAUUGAGUUAGUCUACCUUAGCUUUUUGAUAAAUCGAUCUACUUGCAGUACAGUUAAGUAAAUCUAACGAGCACUGUAAGAAUGUUGAACCAUGUCUUAUUACUCUUAUGAUAUGCUAUUUUUCAGAAAUUGGUUUUCUUUCCUUUAUUCAACAA